AUGAUGCAUGUAAAUGCAGUCCUGGUUGCCAUCAUGGUGGCUCUGCUAGCGUGCGCUCCUCAACGCAUUUACUUUGAGGAGCGGCGCCUCACGUUUGCCUGCGUAUCCCCUGCACAGAGGAUUCGGGGCCAGAGCAAGAAACUGGCUUUUGCAGUUCGAGAUUUUUAUAACUGGAACCGAGUGAAGCUUAGAUGUUGUGAUGGAGCUUCAUUUGCUGGAGAUGCAGUUGUUAAUAACGGGACAUCGUUGCUCUAUUUCAGAGGGCAAAAGAUUUGGGAAGCAAUCAUCCUUGAUCUUCUGCCGAAAGGUCUAGGACAAGCGCGUAAGGCUCUUUUAUCAGGUUGUUCUGCUGGUGGUUUAGCAUCAUUUUUGCAUUGUAACAACUUCACCAAAUACUUACGAAGCAACGCCACUGUAAAAUGCUUGAUCGAUGCCGGAUUCUUUCUCGAUGAACGAGAUAUAAGCUUGAACCACACCAUGUUAUCUUUCGUGAAAGAUCUUGUGACUCUACAGGGAGUAGAGAAGAAUCUGGAGGAGAACUGCACCAAGAAUUCAGUUUAUCCCGAGCUGUGUUUCUUCCCACAGUAUGCACUGAAAUGCAUCACAACACCUUUCUUCAUAUUGAACUCAGCCUAUGACGUUUACCAGUUCCAUCACAUACUGGUUCCGCCUUCAGCUGAUCCGCGCGGACAUUGGAACCGUUGCAAAUUGAAUCCUGCAGCAUGCAAUCCUGACCAGCUAAAUACAUUGCCAGAAUUCAGGCGCGAUAUGAUUGUUCUACAAGUAUUCCAGAAGAGGAGGGAUUUUCCUCAAUUCAUGCUUUGCUCAUUGCCAAAGUGAGUCUCAAGACACAUGGUUUGGUGAUGAUUCUCCAAGAGUACACACUAAGACGAUUGCAGAAGCAGUAGGUGAUUGGUACUUCAGCAGAAGAGUGACAAAUGAGAUUGAUUGCCCAUAUCCUUUUGACACUACCAGCCAUAACCUUAUACCAUCGACUCAAGCCCUUUAAGAAGAUUUACAAGCUAUUAGCCAGGUCACAAAGGUCUUCAGGGGAAGGAAGGAGACAAAGUGCUAUACAUGGCACAUCUUGUUAGAAAACAGGAAAAAGAAAAGCAAAUAUUCUUUUACGUCAAUUGGAUUCAAUUCACCAAUAAAUUAUUAGUUGGUUUAUUUUUAUCUUGUUUUUGUUUUUUUGUUAAACGAUAAAUUUUAUUAUAUUAGAUGUUAGAUUAGUUACUGA